AUGGAAGCAAGGUACUUCCACGACCGCAAAGGCCAAACCCAAGCCUUUGUCAAUGCAGGACCGUCUUCUUAUCGACAAUUGGCAGGGAAGACCUUCUCGCGCUCCCAGACUUUCUUCCUGCUGGCGUCCGCGACUGCCCAAGGGUUUACCUGGUUAAGCCCCGUCAAACAAACACUGGCAAGAAGAACUCGACCUCCAGGGCAAAUGAGAAGGUACGCCGCGCAAAGCGACCUCGAGACACAGAAGACAGCGUCCAACGUCGCCCAUCGAAUCCAGCUUCUACCUACGCGACACCUCAAGCAGUGGCAUAGGAGCUCUGAACCUACUCUGGCAACUGAUGACUUUCAGAGUCGAGUCCGUCUCAACCAUAACUACACCCAUGACCUCGGUCACAUCCAAAUACUGCACGGUCUCGGCCACAGUUCUUUUCCUCCAAAAAUUGCAUUGGCCAAAGGCCUCGGUUUCUUUCCUGUCGUAACUGCAUUGGCUCCGGCCUCAGUUCUCUUCACACCAACACCAACUGCAUUGGCCUCAGCCUCAGUUUCAGUCUUCCUCAUACCAACCCAACUGCAUUGGCCUCAGCCUCAGUUUCAGUCUUCCUCAUACCAACCCAGCUGCAUUGGCUUCGGCCUCAGUUCCCUAUAUAAAGCUACUGUAUUGGCUUCGGCCUCAGUCUUGAAAAUGUUCACCAUCAAACCAAUGUGCCAGACAAAAUCUGCCUUGCUGCAGAAUCUAUUUUCGGUGCGCGAUUGUGCGCAACUUCUUGUUACUGUAUCUGUCUACCCCGGUCCUUCGAUUGUGCUGUCAGAAUACACGAAGUUAUUAGAUUGA